AAAAUGGAAGAUGAUCAGCAUCACCAUCAAGUAGAAGAGGAGGAAGAAGAACAGAACAAGAGAGACGAAGACAUAUCUUCCAGAGUUUUCCCCUGCCUCUUCUGUUCUAGAAAGUUCCAGAGUUCACAAGCCCUAGGAGGGCACCAGAACGCCCACAAGAAGGAGCGAACAGCUGCGAGAAGAGCCAAAAGGGCUAAUGAUUUCAUCAACAACAAUGACUUUCUUCACACGCUACCUCUAUUCUUUUCUUCUCCUUCUCCACAUCACUUGACCAUCUUAAGCUACCCAUCUUCUACCUCCUUUGGCUGCUUUUCAGCUGCUCAUUCUGACCACCCAAUCUUCAGAUCCAACGGUGAUCAUGUCGCGUUGGAUACAUCCCACCGAAGUAGAGAUGGUACAGGAGAGUAUUUUGGUCAACAACUUGUUCAAGUUUUGGAUCAUAACUGUAACGUGGUGACUAGUGAGAACGGUAAAGAUCAGUGUCUUGAUCUAUCCCUCCAUUUGUAAUGUAAGGGUGUUAGAUCAGUGGGAAAAUAUAUCGUCUGUGCCCACAUUUCACAGAGUACAUUGAUGUUCACACACUUGACACACUUCUAGUCGCAUAUAUGUUUCUUACUCUGCAUGAGAUUCGCCCUAACGUGGAUGUAUAUGAUUAUAAUGCCCACAUGGAGAAGCUGAUCAUCAUUGAAUAGAAGAUAAUAGUUUUCAUGUGGACACCGGACAA